UUCAAGCUGAAGAAACUCACAGAAGCAAAAUGUUGGGGCGAAGAUUUAUCUCCUUCUUGCGUCGCACUCCAUCUGCUUCGGGAAAAGUGGUGGCGGAGGAAGGGAAGGCAAAGACAUGGGGGAGAAGGAUAGUGUCAGGGACCUUGAUUUGCUUAACUGGAGGUGUUGCUCUAAGUGCUCUUGAUGAUCUCUCCAUAUAUCAUAGCUGUAGCAGCAAGGCCUUGGAAAGAGCCAGUAAGAACAAGCCGAUUAUAGAUGCCAUUGGGGAGCCCAUUGUUAGAGGUCCUUGGUAUAAUGCAUCACUAGCAGUAGCUCACCAAAGGCAAUCUGUAUCAUGUACAUUUCCUGUCUCUGGACCCCAAGGCACCGGAAUUUUUCAGCUGAAGGCAGUUCGUAAUGGAGAGGACAAAUGGUCAUCAUUUUUACGGGCAAGCGACUGGGAGAUACUCAUUAUGGAAGCUCUCGUCCAUGUCCCGGGGAAUGAAGAGAAGCAGCAAACUUUUCGGAUUAAGGUUUCAGAUGACCUACCUCCACCAGCUAGUAAUGCAUGCACGGAUUGCAUACCUCAGGAACCAUCUGGUAAUGUGGAUAAGAAAUGACCAAGAUUCGUUCUGCCAUGGCUCCGAGGGGAUUUUUUCUUUCUCCAUACAAAUCAUUCACAUCAUAAGAGGUUUGUAUUUAGGACCCUUUGAAAUUUUCCAGUUCCAAGGUACCAAAUCUAUAUAUUUCCACACUAGAUCGUGUAAUUGGUGAUUCUUUUAAAUGUUGAAGCUAUGUUAUUGUCAAAGUCGGAGAGGAAGAAGAACGCCAUCAUAGAGGGAUCAACGUGUAAACUUGAUCUGUAUUUGAUUUACUGGAAUAAGUUCAUCAUCAAAGUGUAGAUUUUGGCAAGAAAAGGCAAACGUUUCUGUGGAUUUUACCCAUACAAUAAAUGGUUUCAAUGUUGUUCACU